CUGAAGGCGAAAUAUUCAACAUUUUACUGAUUACUCUAGUAUUUAUAAAAGAUGGCGACGUUUGAGUAUCAUGGCGUUUCUAUAAUAGAAGAUGUUUUGUAAUCGAUCUGUAUUUUAAUUGUUCAUGAAUUGGAUUAAGUGUUUGUAGAUCUAAGAUAAUUGCAAAUUGUUAAGUUUAAAGUGAUACUUUCAUCUGAUCGUGAAUCUUUGAUGUAUAAAAUUGACGUUGUGGUUUAAUUGAGUGUUACUUUGUAUAAAGAAAACUAAGAAACAGGAACGAAGAGGGUCCGUCGAGAUGUCGUUCCCGCCGCGGCCGCCGCUUGUGCCGUACGGCAUCGCUCCUGGCGUGGUCACCAUGUCAAUGCCUACCCAUGUAAUGGUCGGUGCAUAUGGUACAACAAAUACUGGAGGUCGUGGAGCAUUAUUGCCCGCACCGGGAGCUCCACAGGCGGGGAAAGCUGUCAUUGCCAGAGGUCCAACUCGUAACACGAAUGGUGCUAAAGAUGUUGAAGGACCCCCUGUCACUGUGUUUAUUGGAAAUUUAUCAUCUAGAGCCCCUGACACAAUGAUACGUUCAAUGCUCAAUGCGUGCGGGACUGUACUCACAUGGAAGAGAGUCUCCACUUUUGGGUUCUGUGAAUUUGGAGGUCCGGAAGCUGCUCUCCGAUGUGUUCGACUUCUCAAUGACAGGGAGCUGGGAGACAAGCGCUUGUUGGCUCGUACUGAUGGCAAGAUGCAGGCUCUCGUUGACUCUUACAAGACGGAGCAGCGGUCCCGGCUGGAGGAGGGCGCGGGGGGUGGCGCGGCGGGCGCGGGGGGCGGGUACCUGGACGCGCGGCAGCGGGCGCUGGACGAGGCGGCCGAGGCGCGCCUGCAGCAGAUCGCGGUGGAGUACCAGGACGACAUCAACAACUAUGACAUCAUACAGAAAGAGGAAGCCAUCUCUAAGACGGCGCGCGUGCUGGAGGAGGCCGACAUCUCGGAGGAGAAACGUGACGUCAUCCACCGCGAGAUUGGCAAGUUCCGCGAGAGCAUGAAGGUGAGUGCGUCCCCCGGCCCCCCCGGCCCCCGGCCCCCCCGGCCACACCGCGCCCCGCGCCGCGCGCUCUGUCGCACUGUCGCCGCCGGCCCCUGUGUCUGUGCGGACUGUUGGCUUACUUUGUUCUAUUUAUAUAUUGAUUUGAAUAAUAAAUUGAUAUUGUAUCCUCAAUAUAACAAACACACCACUGUUUUUAGUCAUCACAAAUAUAAUACAGAGAUUGAUAUAGGGAUUUGGCGCGCGGCGCCGCACUGGCUGUGCGGGGCGGGCGGCGCCCUGACCUAUCCGUCGGCGACAUCGCGGGACACGUCGCGGGAUCCCACUGGCGCGAGCCGUCGCCUCGUCACGUCGUCCCCGACCCUCGGACCCCAUAGUAAGUACCGCCCGACCGCGCCUCCCUCUACCCGCGACAUGAAGAGAGAACUAACGUCACCAACGACGGUUGCAAGGAAACUGAAUCUUUGUGCAGAGCCUGAAGUAGGAGCAAGUGACUUCGCGCCGGAGGAGGCCGACGUGAUUGGCAGAAGGAAAAAAGACCCCAAGGACGAAAAGGACAAGGAAAAAGACAAAGACAGAGAAAGAGAGAGGGAGAAGGAUCGCGAUCGUGAGCGCGACAAGGAAAGAGAUAGAGAACGAGACAGAGACAGGGAGAAGGAUCGCCGCAGGAGAAGCGCCUCCAGGAGUAAGGACCGGCGCGAAGACCGCGACAAGGACAGGGAACGAGACGAGCGAGAGAGGGAUAGAGAGCGGGAGAGAGAACGGGAAAGAGAGCGAGAAAGGGAGCGAGAAAGAGACAGAGAGAGAGAGCGCGAGCGCGAGCGGGAGCGGGAGAGGGAACGAGAACGCGAGCGCGAGCGAGAGCGGGAGCGGGAGCGGGAGAGGUCCCGGUCGCGAGAGCGGGGGCGGAGCGAGGUGGACGCCAGGAGGGACAAGGAGAUGGAAGAGGAAGCGCGGGACAGGAAGAGACUCGACAAGAAGGCCAAGGAGAAGGAGGCCGCCUACCAGGAGAGGUUGCGGAACUGGGAGGGACGAGAGCGGCGCAAAGCUAAAGAUUAUGAGAAAGAAAAAGAGAGGGAGCGAGUCCGCGAGGAAGAGAGGGAGAGAGAGGCCAAACGACUUAAGGAGUUCCUGGAAGAUUAUGACGACGAGAGAGAUGAUCACAAAUAUUACAAAGGCAAGGAGCUGCAGCGGCGGCUGAGUGGGCGCGUGCGCGAGGCAGAGGGCGACUCGCGCGAGCGGCGCCGCGAGCAGGACGAGCUGGACGCGCUCCGGGACCACUACUUCCGCGACCGCCCGCCCGACGACCGCGCCGCCCUCGCCGCCUACGCGCGCGCCCGCCGACAGCACGAGCACAUGUACGCGCCGCCCGCCCCGCCGCCGCGCGCCCGCCCGCCGCCCUCGCCGCGUUCCCCGCCGCCGCACUCUCCACCGCGCUCCCCGCCGCGCUCUCCGCCGCACUCGCCGCCGCGCUCGCCGCCGCAAGCGCUCUCCGACGACAGCGACGGCGCGUGCUCGGAGGCGGGCUCCACGCCCCCCCCACCGGCGGCCCCCCGCGCGCCCUCGUCGCCCCCCGCCGCGCCCCCCGCGCCGCACCGCCACAAGCACCGCCACCGCCCGCACACGCCGCCGUGCCACCUCACGGAGCGCCGGCGCCGCUCGCGGGACCGCACCGACGACAGCAGCGACGGCGGCACCACACCGCCGCGGCCCCCCUCGCCGGCCAGCGGGGGGGCCACCGGGGGGGACAGGACGCAUAGCGGCGCUUCGGGCUCCAACUCUCCGCUGACGAUAAGCUUCCGGAACCGCCGCAGCCCCAUCAGCGUGGACCGCACGCCCGACGGAGCGGGCGCGGAGGGCCGGGUGCGCCGCCCGCACGCCGCCUUCGCGCAGGACGACGACGACGCGCCGCUCAAAGAGAAAAAAGACAAAGAAAAAGCGGACAAAGAAAAGAAGAAGAACAGUGACGGAGACAAGGAGAACAAGAGCUCCGAGGAGAAACGGAAACACAUCAAGAGUCUCAUCGACAAGAUCCCCACGCAGAAGGAACAACUGUUCCAGUACAAACUGGACGCCUCGCAGGUAGCGUAGCUCGCNUCUGUCACUGUAAUAAUUAUAAUUUCAGAAGAGAAAAAAGACAAAGAAAAAGCGGACAAAGAAAAGAAGAAGAACAGUGACGGAGACAAGGAGAACAAGAGCUCCGAGGAGAAACGGAAACACAUCAAGAGUCUCAUCGACAAGAUCCCCACGCAGAAGGAACAACUGUUCCAGUACAAACUGGACGCCUCGCAGAUCGAUAACACGCUCAUGGAGAAGAAGAUACGUCCGUGGAUCAACAAGAAGAUCAUAGAGUACAUCGGCGAGCCGGAGCCCACCCUCGUCGACUUCAUCUGCAGCAAAGUGCUCGCCGGCUCCGCGCCCCAGGGAGUGCUCGACGACGUGCAGAUGGUGCUGGACGAGGAGGCUGAGGUGUUCGUGGUGAAGAUGUGGCGGCUGCUCAUCUACGAGCUGGAGGCCAAGCGCGCCGGCCUGCACAAGUGAGCGACGCACAGACGGACUCUCUGUAAACUAAUGUAUGGUUAUCUUUUGAAAUAAAACUAUUUUUGUA